AUGAAAAACCAAACCACAAUAACAACCUUCAUCUUGCUGGGGCUGACGGAUGACACUCAACUGAAAAUUCUGCUUUUCAUCUUUCUAUUUCUUUCCUACAUGUUGAGUGUAUCUGGAAACCUAACCAUCAUCACCCUCACUCUGAUGGAUUCCCACCUCAAAACACCUAUGUAUCUUUUCCUCCAAAAUUUCUCCUUCUUAGAAAUUUCAUUCACAACUGCUUGUGUGCCCAGAUUCUUGUACAGCAUAGCAUCCAGGGACAAGUCUAUCACCUAUAAUGCUUGUGCCAGUCAACUGUUUUUCACAGACCUCUUUGCAGUAACAGAGUUUUUCCUCCUGGCCACCAUGUCCUAUGACCGCUAUGUGGCCAUCUGCAAACCCCUGCAUUACACAACCACCAUGAACAGCAGAGUAUGCAAGAACUUCAUCCUCCUCUGUUGGUUAGCAGCAUUGAUCAUCAUACUCCCACCAAUCAGUCUGGGUUUGGGCUUGGAAUUCUGUGAUUCGAAUGUCAUUGAUCACUUUUGCUGUGAUGCUUCUCCUAUCCUGAAGAUCUCCUGCUCAGACACAUGGCUGAUAGAACAGAUGGUCAUAGUGUGUGCGGUGCUGACCUUCAUUAUCACUCUCAUGGUCCUCAUUACUUCUAUUUCACCAAUAUUGAACCCCUUUAUUUACACACUGAGAAAUAAACAAGUAAAGCAAGCUUUUCUUGACUCAAUUAAGAAAACUGUAUUCCUCUCAAAGAUGUAA